CCUGAGGGAGAUCAGCUUGCUGCAGAAGCUGUCCCACCCCAACAUUGUCAGGUACCUUGGCAUCUGUGUGAGGGAUGAGAAGCUGUAUCCGAUCCUGGAGGUGAGAGCCCAGGCUAGAGCUGAGCUGAGCUGAGUGUGAGAGUGGGGAAGGUUCUUAUCAUCCACCCCCUGGCUUCCACAGGACUCCUCCAACCCUGGCCUGACUAGUGAGACUCUCUCUCUCUGGUGAUAACAGCCCCCAUGGGAGGAAAGCCCCAGACCCCUUGUCUGACGCUCCCUGUUGUCCCAUUCCAUGGGGCAGAAGACAGCUCAGAGAUGGGCAGGUGAUUUGGCCAUUGCCACACAGCAGAUAGAAGCUAAUGUGUAAAGGAAACCCAGGCUUCUGGGCUUCCAGAUCAGGCAUUAACCACUUAGUUGCUUUCCCUGACCUUGGGGGUUCCCAGAAAGCUAGACAUGGAUGUUUCAGAAUGUCAGAACUUAAGGGAGCUUAGAAACCAAGACCAUUGAGCCAAACAUCCUAGUUUUACAAAUAGGAGAAACUGAGACCCAGAAAAGGAAGUGAUUAGCCUGAGGUCCCACAGCAUGGCAGUGGAUAUCUUAAGUUCCCUUCCCUUCCCCUUCCCUUCCCUCCCUUCCCUUCCCUUCCCUUCCCUUCCCUUCCCUUCCCUUCCCUUCCCUGUGCUACCUGUGGUGAGAUUAGGACUGUUCCCUGGGCCUUUAUGUGGCAAGGGGUCAUAGGGAGGUUAGCCAGGUUUGGCCCAGUAUCCCCAGGGGUCACACCAACUCAUACUGGGGUGAGUGCCCCUCCCCUUUUUUUCUCCCCUGUAGUAUGUAAAUGGUGGCUGCUUGGAAGAACUACUGGCCAGAGCUGAGGUACCUUUGAGCUGGAAGGAGAAGGUGGCUCUGGCCUGUGACAUUACCAGGGGCAUGGUGUAUCUACACUCCAAGAAUAUUUAUCAUCGGGACCUAAACUCCAAGAACUGCCUGAUCCGUGUCACAUCUCGGGGUCGGGAGGCCCUGGUUACGGAUUUUGGCCUGGCCCGGGAAGUGGUGGAGGUGCCUGCCUCAGACCCUGAGAGGAAGCUGUCCCUGGUGGGCUCUGCCUUCUGGAUGGCCCCUGAGAUGCUCCGAGGGGAGCCAUAUGACCGGAAGGUAGAUGUGUUCUCAUUUGGCAUUGUCCUUUGUGAGAUCCUGGGGCGGAUUCCUGCUGACCCUGAGGUUCUUCCCCGGACACAGGACUAUGGACUAGAUGUGGCUGCAUUCCAAGGGAUGGUCAGUGAGUGCCCCUCACGUAUCCUAGACCUGGCUGCCAGCUGCUGCCGGUUGGAGGCUUUGAAGCGGCCAUCCUUCACUGAGCUGCUGGAAGAACUGGAGGAGAUGGCUGAGAUCCUGGACUCCCAAACUGCCAGUUAGCUUUUGGGGUGUGAACCUCGGUGCCUCCUCCCACCUGACCCUCCUGUAGGGACAGACAGGGCUUCCUACAUGACUGAGCCAGAUCCAGAAGGGGAUGGUUCCCUGCCUCAGCCUCCAUGGACUUGUUUGUGCUGGAGCCACCAGCUGCUUUCUUAGAAGACUUGGUGACAAAAAGAGUUCAGCAGAUAAUACAGAGAGAGAGUUAUUACAGAAAUAACUCAAAUGGGAACAUUUUCUGGGCUCUUUUGAAGCAAAAGACUUAAAGACUUGUUUGUAAUAUAAAUAGCCAGAAGUGUUCACAGGAUGGAUGGAGGUGAUCAGAUGCCAGAAUUCUGCUUUCGCCUGUGGGUUCCAUCCUGAGCACCCUGGAACCCCAAAACUAGUAUGGUAACCAAGGGCCAACACUCCUUUUGGGGAAAACCAGAGCUGAAAGUCAGUCAAGGGCAGGAGCUGAAACUCAAGAGUCUCUAGCCAAUUCCUUCCGCAGCCUCACCAGCUACCUUCUAACCUGGAGAAGUGUCCUCUCUGGGCCCCUGCUUCCCUGAUUGGUGACUUCUUCUUCUGGACCACUGUGUCAAGAAAAGCCUCAGCUACGCCUCGAUUUUUACCCCCUACUCUCUGGACAGCUCCUCUUAUCCCUCUUCAUGGGUACCCUUUCUUUCUCCUCUCUCUCCCCUCCCCUCCCUUCUGGAACCUUGAACCAUGAUCACAUUAACUCUGGCAGUGUUCUUUCUCAAUUGACUCCUCUAGACCCAGCUCAUGAUCCCUCUAACCAUCCCGCCAAAGUGACCUUUCCUGGCCACCACCCCUCUUUGGGUAUAGAAUUAGAAUGUAAGAUCACUGAGGCCAGGGACUGUCUUUACUUUUUGUAUUUGUAUCUUCAUCACUUAAGCAGAUGAAUGAUGGACAGGCUGGUAGGACGUUAGGACAAAGGGUUCCUGAGCAAUGGAGGAAGAGCCAUUGAGCCAUAGGCACCAUCUCAAGGUCAUAGAUAAUUCUUAUCUCUUCUGACUCCUUGGCAAGCCCAUCCUCCAAUGAUCAAAGGCCUGAGGCUGCAGGUCCCAACCUGACCCCUCAGGUCUGUCUAUGAGGAAGCCAAGAGGGCUGCAAGGAGGAGGAGAUCUGUCCAAAAAGCUAAAUUCCUCUUCCCCUCCCUCCCUUGACUUGGGUGCUUCCCUGGGAGGAAGUAUCAGUAGAAUCUGGAGAUGAGCUUUCCAGAGCCAGGAAUCACCUCAUUGCUACAGAGGAUAUACCCAGUCAACUUAGAAACCUUUUUUAUGGGUAUCAACAUGCUUAUCUCUCCCUGGGAUUUUCACACACAUGGGCGUUCACUCUUGUGUACGUGUCUUCCCUCUUACCUUUAUAAGAUGCUGUGUCCUAACAUUCUCUAUUCUCUAUCUAGGUAUCUCAUUCCUUAGUCUGGGUCUCAUCUCAUUCCGCCUGUGUGUCUCUGGGAGGAGAUACUUUCAUAAGCAAAACCCCAGCAGCCUGACCACCCAGAGGCCUAAGUACGUGGAUGGGUGUCUAAUGCUUGUUUCCAUAUGGCAGCUUCUUCCUCCCCCCUGUACUUUCCAAAAAGCAAGAUAGUUUACAACCCUGUGAAUUGUUGUUUUUCCCAGUGCUGUUACCUUGAAAGCCCCAGCUAGCUUUCUUCAUGGGACAGUGAAACUGGAGUGGACAAGGGACAUCAAAACAGACCAGGGUGACGCGGGGAGCACAAAGCAGGAAGCCUGUCAGGCAAGCUUCUCUCUGUCUUGCUGGGUGAAUUUGAAGAAGUCACUUACAACUCUCUGGGCCUUAUUUUCUCCAUGGGAUUAAGAGGGGCCUGACAAAGUUUCUCCAAAUGUUCUGGAUAAGGUAUGACUUGCCAUGGAUGGGGAGUGAUUGCAGGCACCACCUGGGUGGUUGGACAACAUCUGUGUACCCCCCUGGAUGGGGCUGAAGAUAGGGGAGAAUUCUGUGAAUCCAUGGCUCUUGGUUGUCGAACAUAACCACCAGAUGGCUUGGAGAGAAGGAGGAUGGCCUGGGCAAGGUCAGGAACAUGUGCAAACACAGCAUGUACUCCAGAACUGCUCUGGCCCUGCACCCCUGACCCAAGGUCCCAGGAAGUGUCUUACUAAACAGAGGAAAUAAAGCUUGUUGAAUUUGAUAAA